GGACCACACCUCCCAGAGUGCUCUGCGCCCGGGCGCGGGGAACGCUUCCGCUUCCGGCCGGGCUGCGUCGAGGCUCCCCCGUGGCGGCUGUGGUGCGCGCGGCGGGCGAGCGAGCGUCCUUUCCUGAGCGUGACUUUGUGAUCCGUGACUCGCUCGGGUCUCAGGCCUCCACCAGGAGAAGUUCUCUGAAGAGGAGGGCAUGGUUCCCAGGCUUGGGACUGCAAGGCCCCAAGAAUUACUUCCAUCAGAAAAGGGAGAAAUGGAAGCAAGAUGAAGGAGGGCCAUGCGUUUCAAGAAAGUUUCCUGUAGAACCUCACGGGGAUGCCAGACUCCAUGAGUCUGUGGGCUCUUCUAGCUCUUGGACCACCACAUGCUGCUUCAGCCAUGCUGUGGAGCUGAUGGCAUUCCAGGAUGUGGUGGUAGACUUCUCCCAGGAGGAGUGGGGGCAGCUGAGUCCUGGCCAGAAGGCCCUAUAUUGGGACGUCAUGCUGGAGAACUACAGGAACCUGGUCUCACUGGGAAUUUGCAGUUUUGAAAACUUUAUUUCAGACUGGGGCACUGGGCCUAACAACAGGACACCUUCAAAGCAUAACAUCUCUGAAAAGUCACCCCAGAAGAAAGGACUUUGGGACAUGAACUUCAUAAAGGCCUGCAAAGAGGACAGCCUCCCCGAGAUGCCAAUCCUGGUGAAAUCUCUGAGCAGCUUCACAGAGAAGAAAGGGUACAGAUGUCCUGACUGUGGGAGAGCCUUCAGCUCCUUACUCAACACUGGCGGAUCCACACAGGGGAAAGACCCUAUGAAUGCAGUGAGUGUGCGAAGGCUUUUAGCUAGAGGGCAAACCUUAUUCAGCAUCAAAGGAUUCAUUCUGGAGAGAAACCAUACAAGUGUGAGGACUGUGACAAAGCUUUCAGGCAGAGCUCCUCCCUCAGGGAGCACCAGAUUAUCCAUAGCGGCAAGAAACCAUUUCUCUGUAAUGAAUGUAGGAAAGGCUUCAGCAAACGCUCAGCCCUCAUCUCCCAUCAGAGAAUUCACACUGGCGAGAAACCCUAUCAAUGUAAUGAGUGUGGGAAGGCCUUUAGUGAUCAGUCAUUCUUCAGCCAACACUGGAGGAUCCACAAUGGGGAGAAACCUUAUGGAUGCAAUGAAUGUGGAAAGGUCUUUAGCUGGGCCUCAUCCCUUAAUCACCAGAGAACUCAUACAGGUGAGAACCCCUAUAAAUGCCCCGACUGUAGGAAACCUUCGGUACAGGUCCUCCCUCAUCGAGCACCGGAAAACCCACACAGGAGAGAAACCCUACAAAUGCAGCGACUGUGAGAAAACUUUCAGCUAUAGCUCCUCCCUCAGCCUCCAUCAGAGAACUCACAACGGGGAGAGUCCCUAUAUGUGUAAGGAGUGCGGGGACACCUUCAGGUAUUGCUCCUCCCUGACCAAGCACCAGCGGACCCACAGCAUCAAGACAACCUGUGAGUGUAAGGAAUGUCUAAAAGCCUUUAGUAGUUGUGAUUCAUCCCUUAAAGUAUAUCAGAGGAUCCAUACAAGGGAGAAUCCUAUGCAUACAGAGAGGGUGAGGAAGACCUUUGUGGCAACUAACUUCCGGCAGUUCUUAAUAAAACAUACUAUGCAUGUGAAACCUUCAGAUUUCAUUCACCCCAAGAGGUCUGAAACAUCACAUUAUAGUCAUGGGGAUAUGCCUCAGGGGUCCCCAAAACCACCCCAUUGUGGUGACUCAGUAAGAGGUCAAAGGACUCAGCAUAUAGUCAUACUCAUGGCUAAGAGUUAUCAUAGCAAAAGGAUACAAAGCAAAACCAGCUAAGAGGUGCAUGGGGUGAAGUCUGGAGGAAACCAGGCACAAGCUUUCAGGAUUCCUCUCCAAGCACAGUCACACAGUACACAUUUAGUUCCUCCAGCGGGUUGUGACAACACUGCUCUCCCACCACUACCUCCCAACAUUAAGCUAUUUUCUGACCUCGGGACCUUUGCACAUGCUGUUCCCUCUGCCCAGAACCCUGUCCUCCCCAGUUGUUCCUUGGCUGACUUCUCAUAGGGCCACCUCUUCAGAAAGCUUUUCUUGGACCACCCAGUCUAAAAUUAGCCCUCUCAACCGGCACUCCCUCUGCCUAUUUACCAUCUUUUUCUUUGUAGCACAUACCACCUUGUUUUGCUUACUACCUUUCUCUUUAUUGUACACUGAAGUUUGAGAAAUACUGGUUCAGGAUAAGGUUGAAAAGCUCAUAUGCCUAUGGGGGUCAAGCACUUCAAGCAAAUGCAUGAAUACCUUUAGAUCAAGCUCAUCUCCAGUUCUGCCACAGGCCCCGUUAACACAUUUGCACAAAAUGCCUGGUACCUCUUUUUCAACCCAGUGUUUUUUGGAACUUUAGCUUUCAACAGAAUCCCCUGUAGGGCUUGUUAAAACAGGGUGCUGGGCUCCACUUCCAGAAUCUCUGGUUCAGUAGGUCUGGGAUGGAGCCUCAGAAUUUCUAAGAUGUUCCUAGAUGUAUUCGUUUCCUGUGACUGCUUAACAAAUUGCCACAAACCUAGUGGCUUAAAACAGAAAUUUCAUCUUUCACAGUUCUGGAGGUCAGAAACCUGAAAUCAGUAUCACUGGGUCAAAAUCAAGAUGUCAGCAAGGCCUUAAUCUGGAGGCUCCAUGGAACAAUCCUUCCUUGCCUCUUCAACUGCUGGUGUUCUUGUUUUGUGGCUGAAUCAUUCUAGUCUUAAAAUCGUGUGUGUGUGUGUGUGUGUGUGUGUGUGUGUGUGUGAGAGUGAGAGAGAGAGAGAGAGAGAUCUUCUGCUUCCUUACAAGGAUAUGUUAGUGGCAUUUAGGGCCCACCCAGAUAAUCUCUUCAUCUCAAACUCCUCGAUCAUAUCUGAAAAGCCCCCUUUUCCAAAUAAGGUAACAUUUAAAAGUUCCAGGGAUUAAGACCUGAUCUCUGUGGGUUGUCAAUCUAUUCACUCUAAAUCCCUACCUCCUCAAGGCAUAAGGAUUAGAAACCAGCAGAGGAUCUGGCCCAUAGUGAUUCAGAUGCCUCAAAACAGGAUCUAUGGACCAGACAUAGCCCACAAAUGUUUUAUGGUCCUGAGUGGAUUUUUUUUUAAUUAGUUGCCUCCAUUAAAAUAUUGGGAAACAUCACAUAAAAAUUGAGCAUUCCAGCAUCUCUUGAAAAAUCAAAGAUCUUGUAACAGGAGGUCCUUUGUUGAGGAUUAUCUCCUUUCCUCUUUAUGACUUUCCCGAUCCUGCCCACCUGGCUCCCUCAGAUACACAUCAUAGUGGAGAUUCUUUGCAGCUCAGAUCCCUUCUCUUUAUUCCAAGCCUAACAUUUUACCUGAGAGGCUGAAGUGGGCCAGGUGCCACGGCAGUGGGUCCUGUACUUCUUUCCUCCUUCAAGAUCCCACCUGUAGGAGACCUGAUGGCCUGGGCACCAGCACUGAACCCAGAGCUUCCCAACUGGAAGGGUCAGUGGGAGGAGAGAUUUGAAGCUAAGGUGGGGGCAUGGCUGACCCACUGAGGUCGUAUUCAUAAGUAUGUGUGUGGGUACACACACAUGCACAUACCCACGCACACUGCUAGGCUUCUCUGAUUUCCUGGUGAAAGGGUCCCCAGCUUACAUCAAUAUUUCAGGAGCAUCUGUGGCCCCCAGCUGCUUCUGGAAGUCAGGGGUUUGGUUGGCUUGAAUGCAUGCAGUGGGGCAACACUGAAGUAACCCCAUUCCUGGAAUGCUGGCUUUUUUUAUGAGAACUCUAACAGAAAAAAGAAAAACCCUACACAAGGAAACCCAGAACUGCAACAGUAUGUAGGAAUGACUAAGGAAAAUUUGUGACCUGAUGAGAAGUAAACUAUAAACUUUGAUUGAAAGGACAAUAUGUUCCUGGAUGCUAAGAUUAAAUGUAACAAUGCUUUUUUUUUUCUCUAAUUUAUUUAUAAGUUCAUGUCACUAUAAUCAAAAGACUUUAAUAAACAAAUUUUCAUCCAGAAGAAUAGCAAUUA